AUGUCGGCUCAGAACUCCGCGGGCAUUCAGACCCUCCUCGACGCCGAGAGAGAGGCUCAGAAGAUUGUGCAGCAAUAUCGCACAAAGCGGAUAAGAGACGCAAAGGCGGAGGCUCAGAAAGAAAUUGAAGAGUACCGCAACCAGAAGGAGGAAGAAUACAAGAAGUUCGAGGCCGAGCACUCCAGCGGAUUCAAGAAGGCGGAAGAAGAUGCCAGCAAGGAGGCUGAGGAGAAGCUGAAGGAGAUCCAGGCCGCUGGCAAGAAGCAUGGCGACAAGGUUGUGGAAGACCUGAUCAAGGCGACGACCGAUGUGAAGCCCGAGGUGCCCGAGAAGAUUGUGCAGGUUUAG